AUGGGCCGCGAGGGUGGUAGCAACCGUGGCUGGGACGCUGCGCCUCCCGAGACUGUCGAGGGAGUUGUCCCCGGUAUCACCAAGACCAUCGACAAUGCCACCAAGGAAGAGACCUCUGGGUGGAUGUGGAUGAACGAUGGCACCAAGGCCCCUCUCUAA